AUGUCUGGGGCCAACAGCUCCAGCCUGACCCCAGAAUUCUUUGUUCUGACUGGUGUUCCCGGGCUGGAAGCUGCACACAUCUGGAUUUCCCUGCCCUUCUGCUUCAUGUACCUCAUUGCUGUUGUGGGGAACUGUGGGCUCAUCUACCUCAUCAGCCAUGAGGAUUCUCUGCACCGGCCCAUGUACUACUUCCUAGCCUUGCUCUCCUUCACCGAUGUCACCUUGUGCACCACCACGGUACCCAAUAUGCUGUGCAUAUUCUGGUUCAACCUCAAGGAGAUUCACUUUAAUGCUUGCCUGUUCCAGAUGUUUUUUAUCCAUACAUUGACUGCCAUGGAAUCUGGGGUGCUCAUGCUCAUGGCCCUUGACCGCUAUGUGGCCAUCUGCUACCCCUUACGCUAUGCCACCAUCCUCACCAACCCUGUGAUUGCCAAGGCGAGUCUUGCCACGUUCUUAAGGAGUGUGAUGCUCAUCACCCCAUUCACUUUCCUCACCAAGCGCCUGCCCUACUGUCACGGAAACUUCAUCCCUCACACCUACUGUGACCACAUGUCUGUGGCCAAGGUAUCCUGUGGCAAUUUCAAGAUCAAUGCCAUCUAUGGGCUUCUGGCAGCUCUUCUGAUUGGGGGUUUUGAUAUGUUUUGUAUCUCUGUGUCUUAUACUAUGAUCUUACGGGCAGUUGUAAGUCUGUCAUCUGCAGAUGCUCGCCACAAGGCUUUCAGCACUUGUACCUCCCACAUAUGUGCUAUUAUCAUCACGUAUGUUCCCGCAUUAUUCUCCAUCUUUACUCAUCGUUUUGGGGGAAAAAAUAUCCCCCACCAUGUCCAUAUCAUCAUUGCCAAUCUUUAUUUGAUGUUUCCUCCCACUCUGAAUCCUAUUGUUUAUGGAGUCAAGACCAAACAGAUUCGGGAAGGAGUGAUUAAGCUACUUUUUAAGGAAAAAGAUAUGUUAGGUAUAAAAUAG